UCGGCAGCGAUCCCGGGCCCCGAGCGGGGGCGGGAGGGACAUGCUGGCCCCACAGCUCAGGCCCUGGGGCAGGGCUGCAGCGCCUAGCGGAGGAGUGAGGGUCAGGAGUCUCUGUCUUUCCACCAGACAUUUCCAGGGGCCUCACUGACGCCCUCUCCACUCCCCCCCAGGCCCCCAGGGCAGCAGAGGCUGCUGGGAAGGCCGGUGCCCUUUGACCAGUGGGUGCAGCCAGAAUCCAGCUCUCGCCGAGCCCCACUGAGUCAGCGCCCGGACUCAUGGCACAUGGGCAAAGUCUAACCUGGGGAGCGUGGGGAGCAGGGGACCAAAGUCCUGGUGGCCCAGCCCCCUCCCUGCUCUGCAGCCUGCAGCUGGGGGCCCAUGCCUGGGUGGUCGUGCAGCGAGGGUGACAGGACACCUGCAGUACUGCCAGCAGCCAGCGGGGGGCAUCGCAGCGGGAUGAUGUCGCACCCCCCCAGCCCGGCACUGGAGCCCAUGUGAGCCACCCCCCAACACACACGAUGGCUAAGCGGCUCCUGGUGACCUACGCCCUGUGGGCGCUGGGGGGCCCCGUCGGGCUGCACCAUGUCUACCUGGGCCGGGAUAGCCACGCCCUGCUGUGGAUGCUCACCCUGGGGGGCUUCGGGGUGGGCUGGCUCUGGGAGUUCUGGCAGCUCCCCGGCUGGGUGGCACGAGCCAAUGACACCCAGGAGCCGCGGCCCCGCAGCCCGGAGCCCCCGGCCCUCAGCCCCGUGCGCUUCUUCGGCCAGGUCCUGGUGGGGAUCUACUUCGGGCUGGUGGCGCUGAUCGGCCUCUCCUCCCUGGCUGGCUUCUACCUGCUGGCCCUGCCGCUGGCCGUGGGCCUGGGGGUGCAUGUGGUGUCCAGCGUGGGCGACCAGACCUCGGAUCUCAGGAGCACCCUGGUGGCGGCCUUCCUCACCUCCCCCGUCUUCUACGGCCGCGCCCUGGCCAUCCUGCCCGUCAGCCUGACGGCCAGCGUGACCGCCCAGCAGUGCCGGCGCUACAAACCCUGCCGGGGCACCCGCGCGACGCUGCGCGCCCGGCUGUACCACCUGGGCCUGGCCUACCUGGCCUUCACCACCCCGCUGGCCUACUGCGCCUUCUGCAACACAGCCGCCACCGCCCGCUAUGUGGCCGACGCCAUUGGCGCUGUCUUGGGUUGGCUCAGUUUCUUCCCGACCCUGGGCAGCUUCCUGGAGCAGCUCCUCCUCCUGCCCUACCGCGCCUGGAGGCUGCUGACGGAGGGUGCAGGCUUCGCGGCCGGCUCCUUCCAGGAGUGGGAGAAGGUCUAUGAGUUUGUGCAGAGCUUCCAGAGUGAGCGGCAGCAGCUGGCGUACAAGGUCUUGGGCCUCCGGGAUGGUGCCCCCGUGGAGGAGAUUCACAAGAGUUACCGGGAGCUGGUGAAACUUUGGCACCCGGAUCACAACCGCCACCGGGCGGAGGAGGCCGAGAGACGGUUCAUCGAGGUGCAGGCCGCCUACGAGAGCCUCAUGCAGCCGAGGAAAGCCAAGCCCGCGUGACGGGCAGCAGCCUUUGUGGGGGAGGCCAAGCUGCUGCGCCCCUCCCACGGCUUUGCAGUUGGAGAAUGUGCCUGCUUUCUCCACCCAGCCCCCCAGCACUUCUUGGGGACGGCAUGAGAACCAGGAAGUGAAACUGACCAGACUAGGUUUGCUCUCACAAGCAGAGUGAAAUGCAAAACAGCGACCCAGGUGCGAAGGAAAACGGCCCGGCUGAGCGGCAGUAACCUCAGCUGUUCCUCUCAAUCCUGACGU